UUUUACACUCCCUGACAAGGUUGUUAUGAUCUGAUUGACACCAAUAAAAGUAUAAAACCGGAUUAUCAGAAGCUGUCAGAGCUUGUAGUCCAUGAACUUUGAACUCUGCAGGGAAGUGUCCUUCAAGACCUGAUUUAGCCGUUUUAUGACACGUCACCUGACAGAGCUCAACAGCUUAACCUGAAACAAACCAGGAAACAGUUUAAUUUUCUGAAUUCUGAGUCCAGGUGGACAGACAGAUCUUUAAAGGCUUUCCCGCCGCAAUCUGAAGCCUGAAGAAAUGUCUUUGAAGAGCCAGAAUGAGAGCUUCUUACCAGAGAGUGAUCAGACAACCUCCGCCACUCUGUGCACUCUUCACAAUGAGACAUUCAAGCUGUUCUGCCUGGACCACCAGCAGCCUGUGUGUGUCGUCUGCAGGGAUUCCAAACAACAUUUCAGGCACAGUUUCCAUCCUAUAAACGAAGCUGCACAGGAUCACAGGGAGAAACUGUUGACUCUGCUGAUGCCUCUGAAGGACAAACUGGAGCUGCGGAAGACGGACAAGGAGAAGUUUGAGGUGGCAGCAGAACAUAUCAAAGUCCAGGUCAUGCAGACCAGGAGACAGAUUGUAGAGAGGUUUGAGAAACUCUACCAGUUUCUAGCUGACGAAGAAGAGGCGAGGUUGACUGAACUGAUGGAGGAAGAGAAGCAGAAGAGCUGUGCUAUGGAGCAAAUGCUGACAGCUCUCAGCAUUGAGAUAGAAGCUCUCUCAGAAACGGUCAAAAUCACAGAGGAGGAACUGGAAGCUGAGGAUAUCACAUUCCUGCACAAGUACAGAACAGCAAUGCAAAGGGUCCAGCACUGCCCCCUGCUGGAGGAUCCACAACUCCCCUCAGGAGCUCUGAUAGAUCAGGCCAAACACCUGGGCAACCUGGCCUUCAACGUCUGGAGCAACAUGAAGGACGUGAUCUCAUACUCUCCAGUUGUUUUGGACCCAAACACGGCUCACCCUGCCCUCAUCCUGUCAGAAGAUCUGGUCAGCGUGAGACGAGAGGACAAAAUGGAGCUUCCCGACAACCCAGAGAGGUUUGAUUUUUAUAACUCUGUGUUGAGCUCUGAAGGUUUUGACUCUGGGACCCAAAGCUGGGAUGUGGAGGUUGGAGACAGCUCCUACUGGGGCCUCGGUGUAAUGGCUGAGUCUGUCCAGAGGAAGGGAAACGUGACCUCUGGAUUGUGGGCAAUUCAUCUCUGCAAAGGAAAAUACACAUCGUGGUCACCGAUGGGUUCGUCCACUUACCUCAACAUCCAGGGAGACCUAAGGAGGGUCAGAGUUAAUUUGGACUGGAAAAGAGGAAAGCUGUAUUUCUCUGAUUUGGAUACAAACAGUUACAUACACAUCUUUACGAACACCUUCACUGAAAAGUUGUUGCCUAUUUUUAAUCCUGCAGAAAAAAUGAAAAUUUUACCGAUGAAGCUUUCUGUGUCGAAAUGGAAAGUCUGAACACGGCUUGAUGGCCUUUGCAUAACUUGAACUAGACUUGAACAUCAUGUAUCCAUCUCCAGAGGUUUAAUUAGACACCUCUGUUGUCUCAGCCAUGUG